UUCUCCUGUGUGAAGAUGCCGGAUCCAGCAAAAUCUGCUCCUGCUCCUAAGAAAGGUUCUAAAAAGGCUGUCACGAAAGUGCAGAAGAAAGAUGGUAAGAAGCGCAAGCGCAGCCGGAAGGAGAGCUAUUCUGUUUAUGUGUAUAAAGUGCUGAAGCAGGUUCAUCCGGACACCGGCAUUUCGUCGAAGGCCAUGGGCAUUAUGAACUCCUUCGUGAACGACAUCUUCGAGCGCAUCGCGGGCGAAGCGUCGCGCCUGGCGCAUUACAACAAGCGUUCGACCAUCACGUCCCGGGAGAUCCAGACGGCCGUGCGCCUGCUGCUGCCCGGCGAGCUCGCCAAGCACGCCGUGUCGGAAGGCACCAAGGCGGUCACCAAGUACACCAGUUCGAAGUAAGCGUGCAAGAGACGAACUAAAACAUCUAUUUUACCCCAAAGGCUCUUUUCAG